CAAACGUUGAAACUGUUAUCUCAAUGCGCGAGCCUCGUUAUGUCACUACCGUGCGCAUGCAGCAUGGCACAGUAGUCGCCUUUCUCCGAGUCGUUGCCAUAAUCUCCUACUAGUAACUGCAAUGAGUCAACUCAAAUGACUUUGUGGUUUCCCCAUUGAACAAAUAGACUAUCAAGGGUGCAUCUCAAGGAGUAACCAUGCAGAGCUUACAAUCCAUUCAAAUUUCACUCUUGACCGCUUCCGCCCGUUGUCUUCAGGCUCUCAGUCUGGUGUCUGCACAUGAGUUGGCCCUCGCUGGGGGUUUGGGAGGCGGCGCUCUUGGUAUUUCGGUUUUUUGGCUAUUAGUCGUUCACAAACGCAAAAAGAAUAUCGCACCUGAUGGGACCUCCAAAUCCGACCACCUCCUACAGCAUGAUCAAGCACGAAAUGAUCUUCAGAGGGAUGGCACUCCCAACGCACCACUCUGUUCCGUUUGCGCAGAACUGGAUCUGCGACAUCUUCUCCUUGAAGAAGUCCUGAAGGAAAAUGCGAUUCCGCUAGGCUCACUCUCAUCCAUCUUGCAAAAAUCCGACCAAUGCGGAUUCUGCCGCCUCGUAUCAUUGGUCGUCCGUCGGACAUGGUUGUUGGACAAGUUUCCUGACCUCGAUCUCUCAGGGAUUGAAUGUGGGCUGUUCUCGAUGGAGACUGGAUGUCUCCGGGAGCCCAGACCCGAACCCAAACAACUAUGCCACCGCCUCGUCAUUGAUACAUCAACUCGCCCUCGAGAGAUAUACUCAGCUCUCAUCGCAGCACAUUCAGCACUAACGUUACCCAUUCAAGUCAUGGAAGAAGACACUUUCAAGUUUGACAGACCAACCGACCUUCACGGUCGCAGAGUGGGCGAUACUGUGGAUGUCGGCCUGGUGAAGAAGUGGAUCGAACUGUGCGAGGAAGGACACGGAGAUAUAUGUGAAAAGGUCUGGUGGAUGGCCAGCGACAGGAGACUGCCGGAGUUUAUCAGAAUGGUGGACGUGGUAUCAAUGGCUGUGGUGCCGGCGCCUCUCGCCUGUCGUUAUGCCGCCCUCAGUUACCUAUGGGGAGGCAUCGGAGCGGAGUAUUGGACGACGAAGGACAAUAUAGGAGAGCGGUCCGCGCCUGGCGGGUUGAACACGGCAAACUUCCCUGAUACCAUCACAGAUUCCAUUCAACUCGUUCGACAGCUUGGCGAGCGUUACAUAUGGAUCGACACUCUAUGCAUCGUUCAAGAUGAUUUGGAGGACAAGAUGAGCCAGAUACAUGCCAUGGAUUUGAUUUAUGGAGAGUCUUAUUUCACGAUAUAUGCUGCUGGCGGCACAUCGGCUCGGGACCCUCUUCCAGGGUAUCGUCCAGGAACUAGAAGGCGGGAGCAGCACAUCGAGGUCGUUCAAGGACUUCAUCUUUCUGUGCCCUUGCCGAUGCCUAUGGAGGCUCUCACUCAGUCCGCAUGGAGCACGCGUGGUUGGACAUACCAAGAGCUUACACUCUUCCGCCGAAGGAUAUAUUUUACUAGGCACCAAGUCUACUUUGAGUGCAGACAUGAUAUCUUCUGUGAAGACGUCGUCACUGAAAGUAAGCGCCUCGCAUCGUCCAGCCAACCGCUGCGGUAUAGAGGUGCAGGAAACUUCACCCGCCUUCCGAAACCCGGGAACUUAGACACAGAUCAAUACAUGAGCAGUUACAUGGGUGCCAUUGCGGACUAUACGCGACGUCAUCUCACCGUGGAGUCAGACAUUGUGGAUGCUAUCACUGCAUUGACGAAUGCCCUGGCAAAAGGUUUUGAGCUUGGUGGGGGCACAUCACCAUGGCCUUCUUGGGCAUGGGCUGCGUGGCGUGGUGCUGUUCACUACCAGGGGGAAGCCCUGUAUACCUCGAUCACCUUCUAUUCUACCGGGCCAGUAGUAGCAGAGACACUCAUUGAUGUUUGGUACAUCGUGGACGGUAAUGGUGUCCCAGCGCAACUUGAUGUUCGGCGCAUUUCUCGGGCCUUCAAACUUCCUAAACCACAAGCAGCGAUGAACCCAUAUUCUUCCCCGCAAGGCAUCCUAGACCCAUCUCACCUAACUUUAGAUAUUCAUCGGCCGCUGGAGCCGGGUACUCUCAUUUUCUGCACGACUUCCAGCCGCUUUAGCAUUGCAAGGCGAGAACACGAAGAAUCAAGCUUACGUUUCUAUCACGAUCUCUUCAAUAUUCUCUCCAGUCCAUCUUCCACUUCAACUUGGGUUGGCACUGUCAUCCUUCCAUUAGACCCUUCCCCGCCGGAUUCUCUCGAGUUUAUCGUUCUUUCCCGGACCAGUGCGCCUACUGGUGUGUAUGACGAAGAAAAUUUUGGGAAGUCCUACCAUGGAUGCAUGUUAUAUGUGAUGGCGGUGAGUCAGAAUGAGGGUUUGAUGGAGCGUGUUGGGUUGGGUAUCAUCCAUGAAACUGCCUGGAUCGCUUCAGACGCGCAGGAGAAGGUGGUGUUUCUUCGAUGA